CAUCAACAAUAUUAACAAAGAAACUCGUUUCUAAAACUCAUUCUUCUGCCACCACCCUUUUGAACUUCAACCAUCAUGGCAAAUCCACCUCCAUCUUCUGCCACAGCCAUCAUCGAUCCUCGGUACUGUGCUCCUGCUUCACAUCCCGUUGAUUUAAUUAUCACAAAGGAAAGGACUAGGCGUGAUAACUUCACUGUCACAGACAUUAAUGGAAACAUCGUUCUCACGGUUAAGAGUUCUCUCGUUACCUUCGUAACACCUCGCCAACACCUGUUCUUACUUGACGCUUAUGGAAACCCCAUUGUCCAUCUUCGCAGAGCGCUACUGGCAGCAAAUGAUAGUUGGAAAGCAUUUAGAGGUGAAAGUGAGGAACCAAAGGAUCUGAUCUUUAUUCGAAAGCGAUCCUCGUCAAUGUUCCAUCUAAGGACCAAAUUAAAUGUGUUCUUGGCAAAUAAUACAACAGAAGUUUGUGACUUCAAGGUCAAAGCAAAUUUGUCUGGAACAUCUUGGGAUGUUUACAAGGGCGAGUCUGACACUACUGUUGUUGCUCAGAUAAAUAAGAAGCUUGGGACUAUAUUUAGCAGGGAGAAGUUCAUGGUCACUGUGUGUCCGAACAUCGAUUAUGCAUUCAUUGUGGCGCUAAUUGUGACUUUUGAUUAACCACGACCAAGGAAAGUUCACAGGGGAAAAUUAAGCUUAAUUUGGGCUAAAACUCUCUGAUGGGUUAUAGACUUAUAGUUGUGUAUCUCAGUUUCUUUAAGUAGUGUAUUCUUUCGUUUUUUUCAU